AUGUUUAACUUAUUAGCAUGUGGAUCCAAUGGAAAUUAUCAAUUAGGAUUAAAUGAUGACGACGAUAAAAGUAUUCUAUUACCUUCAUUAUUCAACCAUAGUGGAAAAUUAACAACCAUCAUUCCUGACAGACCCCAGAAAAUUGCUUGUGGAGGUAAUCACACGUUAGUCCUCCUAGACUCAGGAGAAGUCUAUGCAUGCGGAAGUAAUGAAUAUGGUCAGUGUGGGUUACCAAAAUGUGAUAAUGUGAAAACUUUUUCCAAAAUACCAGGCAACAAUUGGAUUGAUAUAUCCUGUGGAUGGGAAUUUUCGGUUUUAGUCAAUAUGAACAAAGAAAUCUACGUGUGUGGGAAUGGACUAAAAGGAGAAUUGGGACUUGGUAAAGCGGUGAAACAAUCUGAAUUGAAAUAUUGUACAACUCAAGAUAAUUUCAAGAUUAUUAAAUCAUGUAUGCAACACACCAUUCUUGAAACCACUACUGGCGAAUUAGUUGGCUGGGGAAAUUGUAGGAAGGGUCAAUUAGGAGAAACAAAUGAAAAGGUAUUUUGGGUACCCACUGUUUUAAAAUUUGAUAUUAAAGUGGAAGACUUCAGUCUUGGUCGAGAGUUUACUGCAAUACAGUCAGGUUGUAAUGAUGUAACAGUGUUUGGAAAGUUUUCUGUUGAUUUAGAAAAUAAUGUGCUACAAAGUCGAUUUGAUAUUUCAAAAGUAGAGACGAUGUGGUCUUCAAUACAUAUACUAGCAAAUAAUUCAAUUCAAUCAUGUGGAAACAACAGUCACGAUCAGUUAUAUCCCACAUCGGAAACCAUAAAUGUGGAAGAGUUUUCCAUUGGCAGCGAACAUGGGCUCGCGAGAUCAGGAAACACAGUGUACGCCUGGGGUUGGUCAGAACAUGGAAACUGUGGAAAAUCAGAGAAUGAGAAACAAACAUUUGAUUAUUUAAACAAAUUAUACUCCGGUCAAGAUAAAGUGGUUCUAAUUGGUACAGGUUGUGCCACAAGCUGGGUAGUAGUAGAAACGUCACAUAGGACAGUAGAAUAA